CACGUGAGACUGCGGUUCGAGUCACAUUCAGCUCCCAAUCCAGCACCUCGAGAAACUCGCGCUCGAUCCGGCCCACAUCGCGCUUGCCAAACACGCCCGUGCAGAGCGCCCAGUGCACGUUCUUCAGCGUCGAGUCGUUCGCGUACUUGCUCGCGACGAUCAGGGCGCCGAGGAAGACACGCUCGAGCGCCCACUCUUCGAGCGCGAUGUUUAGGAACGGCCGCGCGCGGUGGAUGUACACGAGCGUCACGAGCGCCGUCGGCAGCGCGACCUCUGCGCGCGACAGCACCGUCGCGGCGAAGCUGUCUCACCCCAAUCGCCCCCCAUCCCCACCGCGGAUAAGCUAACCUCGUGAUGCACGGAUACGACUACUCUUCCUGGUCUCCGGCAUCCGCCUCUUCCUCAUCGUCGUCGGGAUCCGGCUCACCCGUGCAUGCCGCAUCGCUCGUGGAUCCGUCAGCCCACUCUCCUGCUAUGAUGCAGCUGGUCGAUGUGCCGCUCUCGAGGCCUGUUAUCGACUACGUCGUCGACUGCGUCGCCGCUACCGUCGACUACGCCCUCUCCCGCACUCCCUGCCCUCCUCCCCCAGGCGGACCCCCGGGCAUCCGCGGCCGGCGUCGCUCUCCGCACCUCGCCAAGUUCGCGGCCUUCGCGACGGAUGUGCUGACGCGCGCGGAGGUGCACCCGGGCACGGUCCUCGUGGCGCUCGUGUACAUCCGGCGCGCGCAGCCGCACCUGCGCAUCGCGCUGCGCGAGUGGGCGCUCGAGCGCGUGUUCCUCGGCGCGCUCGUCGUCGCGAGCAAGUACGCGAACGACUCGACGCUCAAGAACGUGCACUGGGCGCUGUGCACGGGCGUGUUUGGCAAGCGCGACGUCGGGCGUGUGGAGCGCGAGUUUCUGGCGGUGCUGGACUGGGACCUGGGCGUGCGUGAGGAGGAUGUUGUCAGCCACUGGGAGGGCCUGAUGAGGGCUGCGUAUGGGGACGAGGCGGUCGACUGUGGGGCAGGAUACUCAUCUGUCCCUGUGCAUGUUCCGCAUGCUGUCCAAGCGAUCUCCAUCCCCAUCACCUCCCCACCCGUCGCUGGCGCCGCCCGCGUGCGCAACCACCACCGGUCGCACUCCUGCUCGCGCCACCCCUCCCUCGUCGUCGUUCCGAUCCCUGAGCUCGAACCCUCCAGUCCGGCCAGCAGUCUCGGCAGCCUAUCUCCGCCGCACACGCCAGACGUGCCGGUCGACGUGGACACCCAUCACCAUCACCACAGCGGGAAGCUGAACGACCUCCUGCGUGUCUUCCCCCUGCCGCGGCACCCUUCAUUCCGCGUCGCCUGAGCUACGGGCGUCUCGAAACCAUCCACCCACACACCCGCCUGUCACGAUCCGUGUUUCCUCCGAGGAAGAAGCGCCCUUCGUUUGUCUCUUUUUUUGUGCGCCGCCAUGGUGACGACCCCGCGCGGCAUGAUCCACAGUGCUUGCCCCACCCACCCACGUACAUAUACGCAUGCUCCACGUACAUAUACAUUCACACACGCAUAUAUGCUCGCUGUCUCGCGCUUUGGCCUCGACGGCUCGCGCGCCCCUGGGCUUCCCGGUCGAAUUCGAAUCGGCACAGCCACUCCUACUAUUAUAUCGCAUUCCUUAUUGUCUUUCUUGUUUCCGCCCCCUGUCCGCUCGCAACCUCAGUUCCUGGAAUAUAUAUGUCUAGCAUAGCAGUUUGCGUCGAAUCGAACCUGCGUUCGAUUGCUGCGGCAGAGAACUUGCAUUUGAUUUCACGUCGUGCGGUUGCGGGGUGCGCAGACUUUCAGGCUUUCGCGGCGUUGUUGCCGGACCGAUACCGGGGCAUGUAUAACACGGGACGGGAGGAGAGAGAGCACGCGACGACGCCGGGGCUCGAUCGCGGAUUCUCUGCUUCGACUUGUUUCGGCGAGCUCAGGCAGUGGAAGGGAAGGCCGAGCUUGAUGAACAGCCUGAAAGUGCUCCCGCCACCCGUGAGCCGCCGACUGCGGUGGUUCCUGUCUUUUUCCGGGUGGACGGGUAAAGAGAUGCUGAAACAGUCAUCAUCGACCCAUUGCCUGCUUGCGAAAAUAUCCACCAAUUGGGAUCCCCAUCCUCCUCCCCCAACGGAAAGAAUGACACGUCUUUAUUUUGGCGCGCGCAGCCAGCCAGAUGGAUCUUAUCAUAUCAGAUUACGAAUUGAUCGGAUCGGAUCUUCUUUUUUGAAGCCGCAGGUGGUUUCGCCACGUCGCCCAGCCUUGAACGACCUGGCUCGGGAUCGAUCGCUCCUGCGUGGGAGGUGGGGCAACACGUCUCACGCGCUUUUCUGCAUGCUGACCCGGCAUGAACAUCGGAGAGUCAGCAUGCGGAGCCACAAUUCCGAUGUGCGCAAGCGCGAAUUGGACUGCGGCAUCUGGCUCUUCCUGCACAGGCUGAAGUGGUGGCUCCUCGUCAUGCGCGAUCGUCCGAUAUCUCCGCGCACCGCGGCGUUCGCCCCUGGCCCCCCACCGGCGCUGUUCUCUCCGCUCCUCUGUGUCGGCCGCAGCGGAGUGCCUUGAUCCGGCGGGAGCAGCGCUGUCGCGGGACGUUCCCGUGGAUCUUUAAUUCGGCCGGCGAGGUGAUGCCAUCAGCUGAGGGGCAUGCAAGCAGACAGGCUUAGACUUGGGUUUAGGAGAGCCCGAUUGAAGCUGUGAUAGUUCGAAUGGGCUGUGCGAUGCGGUACCACUCAACUCUGUCUGCGGCCGAAUUGUAUCUAGAGACAGAAGGUAGAUAGAUUAUAAUAUCCCCCACAGCUUCGAGUUCUUACAGAGAGACAAAUUUACCUAUUCCGCACCAGGUUCAAGCUCCUAGCUGGGAA